AUGAGAAUCUGCGUCUUCCAAUCCUCCUUCGAGGAGCUCCAAGCUUCAGUCGGCGACUCCGAGUCAAAGAAAUUAUGCAUGAACCCAGGCGUGUUCACUACGCAACACACAGUAUCGCACAAGACAAUCCACAAAAAAACAGCCAAGCAACAAAUCGACGAAGCCGUCAAAGAAGGCCAUGAUUUCUAUUUAAAUUUCAUGUGGGGAACACACGAUGACUCCCUAGCCGGUAUAGAAGCCAUCCAAUACUUCGAGUCGCUCAACCUCCCCCAUGCAGGCGUCCAAAGCUCAGAGAGAUCGCAAUCGAAGUGGGACUUUUUCGCCGAAGCGAAAAGAGCAGGAACUCCUCUCGUGCCUGGGACUGAAAAAUUUCCUCUAUUCGUGAAGCCUGCGUCCAGCUAUGGAAGUAUGUUCAUCGAUGAACAUUCCCUCUGCAACGAUGAAGCAGAGUUGGAUAGUUGUAUCGCGCGAUUGAACACGCUGAUGCGCUCUGUGCGGGUUCAACGGGCGCUCGCUCUGGGAGAAUCAGAUCCAGAGCGAUAUGCUGAUUUCCGUGAAGCGGAUGGGCGUGACAGUACGGAUAUCGUCGUUCAAGAGUUCAUUGCCGGAGAAGAGUAUUCGGUGGUUGUCAUCGCGAUGGGGGAAACUCCUGUCCCACUGAUCCCGCAACGGGCAAAAUACAAGCAAGUAGGCGAUGGCGCGCGAAUUUUGACGCUGGAAUUGAAGUUCGACGAGGAAUCUGGAUAUGAGCUCUUAUCCGAGGAUGAAGAUCCUGCUUUGUGGAAACAUCUCCAAGAGACGGCCGUGGAAGCGUUUACGGUUAAGAAGAUGUAUACGAAUCACAUGGGUUGUGAUGUUGAUAUGAGAAUCGGUCGGGAUGGUAGAGCUUAUGUUAUCGAAGUUGAUCCGCUUCCUGUGUUCUUUUAUCCCACUGGAUCGCAGCUUGAGGAUACGGAUGUGAAGAACGGGUUUCCUGGAGGGUAUAGGGCUGUUAUCAACACUUAUAUCACCAAUUACUUUCUCAAGAACCCCGCGUCACAGGAGGCUCGGUUCGCUGAGAUCACCGCGCAUUUCGAUAAGAUGCCUGCGGAGUGUGGAGAUGGAGUUGCAAAAAUUGGCACAUUGUCAGCUUUCACAGGCACUGCAAUCGACCUUGGGUGCGGAACCGGAGCCGUGGGCCAUGCUUUGAGGUCUGAUCCGAAGAACAAAAUCACAGAUCUCAUUGGCAUCGAUAUUUCGAAUAAGAGCUUGGAUACUUGUCGCGAGCAGGGCAGGUACACUGAAUUAAUUCACAAUUGCAUGGAGUCAUUCCUCGCCACAACAACAGAAAUGGUGGACCAUAUCUUCUGUGCCUCAGCUUUGGAAUUCCUUUCCAUGGAAGCCCUUGAUUUCGUCCUUGCACGCUGCUUCCAACUUGCCAGACAAUCUAUAACAAUCGUUAUCGAAAAUCCCGAGGCAAGCUCUGAAUCUAUUUCAUCAGAUGGAAUCAGAAAAUACUCCACAGAUCAUUAUGAGAACAUCAGCACGUUCCAGAUCCAGCGUGGUUGGACUUUGCAGUCAGUGACAAAGACCCAUUGCCGUGAAGCUCACCCUUUGUUCCACUUCCAGCGCCAGAAUGUAUAG